AUGUCACCAUCACAAUCUUCAAUGGCAGCAACUUUGGAACAACCUCAUCAAAGGAUUCCUGGUAAAUUUCAUCCGCAUUACUCUGACCCCGCAAAGUACGUUGAAUUCUCUGGACCAACGUGUUCACCGUAUGCACUUGGAUUCAAUUCUCGAAAACGAAAUAACGAUAAUUUAGAAGAUUUUAAUAACAAUAGAAACACUAAUUCAAUUUACAAUCAAUUAUUGUUGGAUGAUUCUCCUCUUCUUUCUCUUCCUCGCAUACAUUCUCCAUCUACAACAUUUAAUAACCAAAUCCCUUCUCCGAUUAGCGAUAAUAAUUGUUGCCUUGAUUCACCACCACAAACAUUACAACAACCUCAAUUAUUACAAUCAACUCUUCAAACCAAUACUCCUAUGACUGCCCCUGAAAUUCAAAUUACUCCUGAUGAUGGCAACGACUGUGAUAACAUUUCCACCACUGCCAAUUUAUAUAAUGGCCAGAUCAUUACAAUUUACGUACCUGAUCUUGAAUAUGCACAAAUACUUCUUGAAAACAACACCACUUCAGAUUUAUCAGGUCCGCAAGCAUUGUUCUAUCUUGCGUUGUUAGACGAACUACGACAAAUUCCCAAUUUUAACAUUAGUAAUGCGGAGUUUGCAAAAGUUUUUACUAAUUCAUGGCGAAAUUCCAGUAUUGAAUACACAGACAAAUUUAUUAUUUUGGCAGACAAACUUGAACUCGAUUAA